GCACGCCUUUUUGAAGAAUUUGGUUUCCCUCCUUCACAAUGGAUGAUGAAAUGAGCGCAUACCUGAGCAAAGUCCGCCGUAGAUCCGCCUUUUCAUUUAGACCAAGGAUAUACUUUCGAGAUGCAAAUCAAAGAAACUUCAGAGCUCUACGUCCGUUGCAGCACGGUAUGCUUCGACAGAUGCGUCAGCAAUUUUACCGCCCGAAAGCUCAAUGAAUCUGAGCUUGGUUGCAUUGAAAAGUGUACAGAGAAGUUUGCCAAGAUGAAUCAACGCUUGACCAUGAGGUUAUUCGAACUCAAUCGGGAGGAAUUGGUCAAGCAGUAAACGCUGUGUUGUUAACUCUCUCCCCUGUGCGGCUGUGCUGUGUUCAUUCCGCUUACCUCUUCUCGUCCAUGUAAAUGCACCACUUGGAAGCGCCAUGUAAUGUGUGAGGAGAGCGCAUUUCCUUCACUUCCUCUGCCCUGCAUUCCACUGUACAUGUUGCAACUCACGAGUCUUGUUUUACUG